GCGCCAACAUCACUUCUCUUCUUUUCAUUUCUGCAAGAACAAGAUAAACCCUAGAUCACUCUCCCUCAUGCAAAUACUCAUCACCAUGUUGUUCAUCUUUUUCAUUGUCUUUGUCUCUCUACUAGGGUUUUUCCUCUUUUCUUCCUUCUUUUCUCUCUUUCAAGAAUUCCACAACAGUCAUAUGAAAUUACUCUCAGCUGAUGGUCCUCCCUCCUAUCCAAUUAUAGGCUGUUUGCUAUCUUUCUAUAAGAAUCGCUAUCGCCUCUUAGACUGGUACACCUAUCUUUUAUCUGUGUCCCCAACGCAAACCAUUGUAGUUGAGCGGUUAGGUGCUCGCCGCACCAUUGUCACUGCUAACCCGGCCAACGUUGAGCAUAUGCUCAAGACCAACUUCAGUAACUUCCCUAAAGGCAAACCAUUCACUGAAAUCCUUGGAGACCUUCUCGGGUGUGGCAUAUUUAACGUUGAUGGUGAAUUAUGGAACAUGCAACGUAAGCUGGCUAGCCACGAGUUCAGCACUAAGUCUUUGAGGGAAUUUGUGGUGAAGACGCUGCAGGAAGAAGUGGAGAAUCGUUUAAUACCGCUUCUGGAAGAAGCUGCAGAUGGUGAAAAGGUUCUGGAUUUGCAAGAUAUGUUAAGAAGAUUUGCACUUGAUAUUGUGUGUCGGGUGUCUUUGGGCACAGAUCCCUUUGGCUUGGAUCUUUCGCUUCCCUUGCCUCCUCUUGUUAAGGCGUUUGAUGCUGCUUCUGAGAUAAGCGCCAUGCGUGGAGCGGCACCAGUUUAUGCCGUGUGGAAAAUAAAGCGAAUGCUGAAUAUGGGCGUUGAGAAAACGCUCAAAGAAGCAAUCAAGCUCGUCCAUAGCUCAGUUCUAGAGAUCAUCCAAAACAAAAAGAGGUUUCUUGAGAAUGACCAAGAAAGAAAACAAGACAAUGAUCUCUUGUCAAGAUUUUUAUCAGCUGGCCACGAUGAGGAAGUUAUAAGAGACAUGGUAAUAAGUUUCAUUAUGGCUGGAAGAGACACAACAUCAGCAGCAAUGACUUGGCUCUUUUGGUUGCUCUCAAAGCACCAGUCCUCAGAGGAAAUGAUUGUGGAUGAAGUCGAAACAUUACUCAACAAAGGUGAAAGAGCCAUAGAUUAUGAACUGCUUAAAGAGAUGAACUUCUUGAAAGCAAGUUUAUGCGAGUCCAUGAGAUUGUAUCCUCCAGUUGCAUGGGACUCCAAGCAUGCUCUUACAGAUGAUGUGUUUCCUGACGGUACUUUUAUAGGGAAGGGAGAUAGAGUGACCUACUUUCCCUAUGGAAUGGGCAGAAUGGACAACAUGUGGGGUAAGGACUGCCUCGAGUUUAAACCAGAGCGGUGGUUCGAGCAACCGGUUGGUUUGGGGAACGGAGGUACGACAAUGAAGACGGUUAGUCCAUACAAGUUUCCGGUGUUCCAAGCGGGUCCAAGAGUGUGCCUUGGGAAGGAGAUGGCGUUUAUACAGAUGAAGUACGUGGUGGCUUCCGUAGUGAGGCGGUUCGAGGUGAGACCGGUUGCAGAGGAGCAGCCUAUUUUUGUCCCUCUAUUGACGGCACACAUGGCUGGUGGGUUGAAAGUAAUGGUCAAGAGAAGGAGAUGAGAAUGGUUCCAAGCACUUGUAAAUUAAUCAUCGGCCAAAUUGACGCGGUGCAAAGAAUCCCACGUCUAGUCGUUUUCGUGGAAAUUCCCAUUAUUUUGCUUCAGAGACAAUAUUCCAACGACAAGUUCUAGAUUGUGAAUCUUCUAACGAUCCUUAAUUAAUUAUUUUAUGCGAUAA